GAGUAUUGAGCAAGAAACUAACGACUUCAAUGUGAAGGAUUCCAACACAACCACUGGCCUGAGGAAUACCCAGACAGCUUGAUGGAGCUGCCACCGCGACCAACACUGUUUGACUUCCAUGGAGUCUCCAUGGUCAAAUACUUCACUGACAACUGGGACAACAUUCAGAACUUCAAAGCGAGACCAGAUGAUAUUCUCAUAGCUACCUACCCUAAAGCAGGAACCACGUGGGUCUCCUACAUCCUGGACCUUCUGUAUUUUGGGCAGACAUGCCCAGAGCGUGAGGCCUCCAUCCCUAUUAAUGAGAGAGUGCCCUUCCUGGAGCUCAGCAUACCUACUCGACCCAAAGCUCAUGAAAAAUGGGGAAAACACAGUGUAGUUUGGUUCAGAAUUCAGGUUCUCAUUGUGAGCCAGCUGUCUAGAUCCAAACUGGACACUGGACGAGAGCUAGACCAACUCUGUUCCUUCCUUGGUUUGUCUCCUUCACUCGGGGAGAAGGAAAGAGUCGCAAUUGGAUCCAAGUUUGACAAUAUGAAACAAAACAACAUGACUAAUUAUUCCACAGUGCAUACGAUGAAUCAAAAGGUGUCUCCUUUCAUGAGAAAAGGAAUAGUUGGUGACUGGAAGACCCAUUUCACUGUGUCCCAGAAUGAAGAGUUUGACAAAGACUACAAGCAGAAAAUGACAAAUCCCACACUGAAGUUUCACACUGAAGUUUACAGGCCCAGUCUGGCUGUGCAAAACGAAGAAUAAUGUUACUACCUCAGGUGUUAAACCUUAUGUGUUAACAUUGUUUAUUCAGGGUGAGUCAUUUUUACUUACAGCAAUUUUGGCUGUCAAAAAAUUGCUAUAAAUUAACACUUUAAUGAAUGUCAAUGUGAUAUGUAUGCAUUUGACAAACAUUGAAUAUUUUUUUUAUAUUUCUUCUUAUUUGGCAGUGUUUAACACAACACUUUUUCAGUCGCCUCUCAAUGACCUUUCUCUUCCUGGUGUCAUCUUUACUGAAGCUAUCCAAAAAUUCGAGUUAGUUCGCCGCUCAGUUAUUAUAAGGCAGUUCCAAGAGAGCUUGGGAUCACUUUGUUGCCUCAAGAGAUAACAGGCAAAUCAACACUUAAUUGCAUUUUCAGGCCAUUUCUUUGUGUGUUUUGUAGAUUUGUAAAGACUGCACGUAAUGCUUAAUUUGUUAUGAGAGACAACACAAUUCACAAUGCCGGAGAUGGGAAAACAACUCUACAAAUAGCCUAAAAGUAUGCAUCUACAGAGUGUGCUGUUCUUUCUGCCAGAAAGUGAGGUCCAGGCUAGCCCUGAACUGUUUCUCAUCUCUGGGUUUGUUUGUAAACUCUGAGCUCAGGCUUAAGUUUAGAGUUUGUUAAACCCACUUUCUGGAAUAGGCCCCCUGAUUAUCAUAACCAGAUAAGCAACACUCAUGCGCAUUGUAAAUUUGUUACUUUCCUAAUGAGUAGACUGUACUGUAUCUGCAUGUGAACUGUCACACAUCCUGUAAGGUACAAGUAAUACACACCUGUGUUAUGUCAAACUGAGCACAGCACACUGAUAGAGGUGACUUUGGACUGCUUAUAAGAGCCACACACUUAAAGACACAUUCAGGUGACCUA